UUUCCUCGCUCAAGAUGGCGCUGCUCGCGAUACCUUCUUGGCGUUGGGCGGCCGCCGCGGCUGCUUUCGAAAAGCGCCGGCACUCAGCGGUUCUGUUCCGGCCUCUGGUCACUGUGCUCGGCUCGCGCCCGCAGUGGCAGUUACAUCUGCGCGGCGCCUCGGGAACGGCUCGCAACCGCCCGAUCCCAGAGUUAUUAAGAAAUGCUACAUGGCAAAGAUGGAGAAAAGACAGUUCAAGACAGUUAUUAGAUGCUGCAAAGACUCUGCAGGCAUGGCCACUGAUAGAAAAGAGGACAUGUUGGCAUGGUCAUGCAGGUGGAGGACUACACACAGACCCAAAAGAAGGGUUAAAAGAUGUUGAUACUCGGAAAAUUAUAAAAGCAAUGCUUUCUUAUGUAUGGCCCCAAGACAGGCCAGAUCUACGUGCUAGAGUUGCCAUUUCCUUGGGAUUUUUGGGUGGUGCAAAGGCCAUGAAUAUCAUCGUUCCUUUCAUGUUUAAAUAUGCUGUAGAUAACCUCAACCAGAUGUCGGGAAACAUGCUGAACAUGAGUGAUGCACCAAAUACAGUUGCAACCAUGGCAACAGCAGUUCUGAUUGGCUAUGGUGUGUCAAGAGCUGGAGCUGCCUUUUUUAAUGAAGUUCGAAAUGCAGUAUUUGGCAAAGUAGCCCAAAAUUCAAUCCGAAGAAUAGCCAAAAAUGUCUUUCUUCAUCUUCAUAACCUAGAUCUUGGUUUCCACCUGAGCAGACAGACAGGAGCUUUAUCUAAAGCUAUUGACAGAGGGACAAGAGGUAUCAGUUUUGUCCUGAGUGCUUUGGUGUUUAAUCUUCUCCCUAUCGUGUUCGAGAUGAUGCUUGUCAGUGGUGUUCUGUACUACAGAUGUGGUGCCCAGUUCGCGUUGGUAACCCUAGGAACACUGGGUGCAUACACAGCAUUCACAGUUGCAGUCACACGGUGGAGAACUAGAUUUAGAAUAGAAAUGAACAAAGCAGAUAAUGAUGCAGGUAAUGCUGCUAUAGACUCACUGCUGAAUUAUGAAACUGUAAAGUAUUUUAACAAUGAAAAAUACGAAGCACAGAGAUAUGAUGGAUUUUUGAAGACAUAUGAGACUGCUUCACUGAAAAGUACCUCUACUCUGGCUAUGCUGAACUUUGGCCAAAGUGCUAUUUUCAGUGUUGGUUUAACAGCUGUAAUGGUGCUUGCCAGUCAAGGAAUUAUGGCAGGUACCCUUACUGUUGGAGACCUAGUUAUGGUGAAUGGACUGCUUUUUCAACUUUCAUUACCGCUUAACUUUCUGGGAACUGUAUAUAGAGAAACUAGACAAGCACUCAUAGAUAUGAACACUUUGUUUACUCUACUCAAGGUAGACACCCGAAUUAAAGACAAAGCAUUGGCAUCUCCACUUCAGAUCACACCACAGACAGCUACAAUUGCCUUUGAUAAUGUGCAUUUUGAAUACAUUGAAGGACAGAAAGUCCUUAGUGGAUUAUCUUUUGAAGUCCCUGCAGGAAAGAAAGUGGCCAUCGUAGGUGGUAGUGGAUCAGGGAAAAGCACAAUAGUGAGGCUGUUGUUUCGCUUCUAUGAGCCUCAGAAAGGUAGUAUUUACCUUGCUGGUCAAAAUAUACAAGAAGUGAGCCUGGAAAGCCUUCGGAGGGCAGUGGGAGUGGUACCUCAGGAUGCUGUCCUCUUCCAUAAUACUAUUUACUAUAACCUCUUGUAUGGAAAUAUCAGUGCUUCACCUGAAGAAGUAUAUGCAGUGGCAAAAUUAGCUGGACUUCAUGAUGCAAUUCUCCGAAUGCCACAUGGAUAUGACACCCAAGUAGGGGAACGAGGACUCAAGCUUUCAGGAGGAGAAAAACAAAGAGUGGCAAUUGCAAGAGCCAUUUUGAAGAACCCCCCAGUCAUUGUCUAUGAUGAAGCCACUUCCUCAUUGGAUUCAAUUACUGAAGAGACUAUUCUUGGUGCCAUGAGAGAUAUGGUCAAACACAGAACUUCUAUUUUCAUUGCACAUAGAUUGUCAACAGUGGUUGAUGCAGAUGAAAUCAUUGUCUUGGACCAGGGUAAAGUGGCUGAACGUGGUACACACUAUGCUUUGCUUGCUAACUCUGGCAGUAUCUAUUCAGAAAUGUGGCACGCACAAAGUAGUCAUGUACAGAACCAUGAUAACCCCAAAUGGGACGCAAAGAAAGAAAAUAUGUCCAAAGAGGAGGAAAGGAAGAAACUACAAGAAGAAAUUAUCAACAGUGUGAAAGGCUGUGGAAACUGUUCGUGCUAAUUCAUAGGAAAUAUUUGUUUUCAUGUUUUGGACUGCACUUCAAGUACAAUUCUAUGGUGAAGAAUUGUUUAAUCAAAACAAAAGCAUACAUUCCCAUUUUCUAUAACCCUUCUUUUAGAUAAGAUUUAUUCAAAGGAGGAUUUUAAUUUAACAUCUUUCAUUCUAUUUAAUGUGGUAUCUGUAUUUAUCACCAAAUUAUUCUCUUGUUCCUGCCCUGGGUAUAGUCAAUGCAUAAUUUUUGUGUUCCCACUUAAGUUUAACUCACGACUCUCUGUGAGGCCUGGCAUCCAUUUCACAUCCAAAACCAGAUGAGCCAGAUUGGUUUCCAAAUUUUUGUUUUUAAAACUUUGUGGUGACAGUUUAGAGACAAAAUAGCUUUUUCUUAAAAUUACAGAAAGAGGACAGUGUAAAUUCUUUGUUUCUUUUCUCUUCUUCCUCCAAUUGAAAUACUUCAUUAAUGUGGAAAUUAGUUGAUAAAUAUAUUUAGUUAGAACUUAUGAGAAAUAGACAUCCAUUUAUAAUUUGGUUAUCUUAAUAGAUUCCUGUAAUUCAAGUUUUGGAAAUAUUUCCAACUGUGUACUGUACAUUUUAAAACAAAAACUUGAAUUUUCAUGUUUGUAUGGACAAUAUUCUUAAUCACUAGCUAGCAUAAUAACUUAUCUAGGGAUUAGAAUUUUAUUCUUCCACCAAUGUGGCAGUGUUUUGGUUUUGAACUAAAAUUUAUCCAUUGUUCCUUAAACAUUUAUAAACCUUAAUAUGGUUUGACUGUUGCUGUACUAACAGUGAUAAAAAGGCUUAGAAUAUUAAUGGCCUUUCCUAUUUCUACCUGAAAUGCACUCCUUUUGCCAUCUAAAGUUAUACAAACAAAUACAUAGUGUCUUGGGUACGUGCACAUACAUGUGUAUAAAUUAAUGUUCAUUGAAAAAUUAUUAAAACACCUUUGGUAAAUAGGAAAAAUAUACAUAUACAUGUAUAAAAAACCAGGACUCUUAAUCUAUGUUCACACUUUAAACCUGACAUAACAAACAAGGAGCCCAAGCAAUAUAAUGAAGCUUUACUAGGGGAAAAUGUUUUACUUGUUAGAAAUAAUUACUAAAAUGAUGAUAGAUGUUCAUUUAGAAAGUUCUUCUCAGGCAUGGUGGCAUACACCUGUAAGUCCAGCCCUUGGGAGGCUGAGGCAGGAGGAUUAUUGCAAGUUUGAGGCUAACCUGGGUUGCGUACGAGUUCAAGCCUGUUCUGAACUAUACAGUGGGACCUUAUCUCCAAAAAAAAAAAAAAGGUAUGUACCUGUAGUUCCAACUUCUCAGGAAGCUGAGGCAGGAUGAUCCCUUG